UCCGACAGUUAGUUUUCUACAGAAAGCAUCACGUGAUCACCGAUCACCCGUCAUAGAAAACAAAGUGUCGGAACCGACCCGAAUAGGCAACUGUUUUGCAGAUCAUCUACAAUCACCUGAACUUGGAGUACGAGGUGGGCUAUACAAGGACGACGGGAGCACGCUCACGAAGAACAAGAUGCCCAAAUACAUACACCCAUCUACCUACAUAGUACGGUAGCCAUACAAGUUGUAUAGAAAAGUGGAUACUUAUGUUAGGGAACCGACUUGACGACUGUACUACGGACAAUGGCGGAACCCAACAUUGAAUAAGGGCCGACAUACUCUUGGCCGGUUUUGUCCUAUACGUUGCUGACCACAACUCAGAUAACACAUAGAUAGUAGGUAUAGUACUUAUAGUCAUCUGAUAUAUAACUGCCUAUUCAACAAGACACGAGACCAUGAUUGAAGCCGCAACCAUGGAAGCUAAACAAACUCUGCAGAAAUUAUUAAAGAAAAUAGCUGAGGAGCAGGAGUAUGAGGACUACUCGGACGUGAAAGAGGCCAGCAAUAGCGCCAGCGUCAUGUCAUCUCUUUUCCACGUCAUGCUUCGCUCGGACGGCAAGAAAGAUUUGAAACUUUUCGCAAAAGUCGCCGGUUGGAACGAAAAUUUACGUAAACGUUUGGUCAUCCACCCUUUUACUGCCGAGCUGAAGUUUUACAGAACAGUGCGGACACAAUAUGAGGAGCUGGAAGAAAACUGUAGCAUCCCAAAGGAGCAUAGAUUCCCAAUGCCGAAGGUUUAUGGUAGCAGCGACGAGUACUUCCAUGAAACUCUGGUGAUGGAAGACUUGGUCGCCGAGGGUUAUGCGGUCUUUGACAGGCAGCAUACAGCUGACUUGGAGUACAUGUCUACAGGCAUCGCUGUGAUGGCUCAGUUCCACGCGCUCUCCCUUGCUUAUCACCAAAAUUAUCCAGAAAACUUCGCGAGCACUAGGGAAACAAUGAAAAUGGGCAAUUUGAAACUGUGGCUUGAAAGCGUGAUAGCAAAACUAUUAGCUAACGCAUGCUCAGCCGCCGAAAAGCAUAAAGACAAACUUCAAAAGUACUUCGAGAAUCCGGAAAAACUGUAUCUACCACUCUUGAGUCACUACCAAGGAAGAAAUGAAAACAUUCUAGUCCACGGCGACUUUAAACCCAGUAACCUCAUGCACAGACGGAAGGACGGGAAGCUAGAAAUUGUCGUCGUGGAUUUCCAGAUGGUUCAUGACGGGGAUCCGGUCACUGAUCUUAUGUAUUUUAUUUUUACUGCUACUGAUGAAUCGCUGCGUCGUGCCCACUACCAAGAAUUACUGGAUCUGUAUUAUGAGCAGCUGCGGGGAUCCUUGCUUAGGCUGCACGUCGACCCAGAGAAGGUGUACUCGGAGAAUACUUACAGAUCGCGCUUGGCAGAAUGUAACAUGUUAGGGCUAGCUAUGGCUGUGGGUUUUCUGCCUCUGGUGUUGGUGGAGGAAGGUAAAGCACCGGCAUUUAAUAAAGAGGAUACAGAUUUGACUGCCUUCGCGGUGGAGAGCAGCGCUCUGUUUAAGGAGCGGUUUAAUGGUGUGCUGAACAACUAUGUGGAGUGGGGAUUGUUGUAAGGUGUGUUUAUGUUGUUUAUGUUUUAUAUCCUGACGUUUUAACUUCCGAUUCCAUAAAUAACGAUGCUUUUUUAAUUGUUCAAUAAAAGUU